AUGUCAUUUUUCAAUCGAUUGCGAGAUUUUGAUGCUUAUACGAAACCGAUGGAUGAUUUUCGAGUGAAAACUUUCACUGGUGGCAUGGUUUCUUUAAUCUCUACAAUAGUUAUAAUAUCGUUGGCCGUACAAGAGACCAGGCACUACCUUGCUGGUGAUGUUAUAGAGCAACUUUAUGUGGAUUCAACAUCAUCCGAUGUCAGAGUUAAUGUUCAUUUUGACAUCACAUUUCAUAGGCUACCCUGUGCAUUUGUUACUGUUGAUGUUAUGGAUGUGAGCAGUGAUAACCAGGAUGACAUACAAGACGACGUAUUCAAAAUUCGUUUGGAUAGCAGCGGAAUGAACAUCAGCCACGAAGUUCAGAAGAUUGAGGUGAAUCAAAAUAAGACCUCUGUCGCUGCUGUGGUAGCGACUCCGAAAUGUGGCAGCUGCUACGGAGCUCUUCCUGCCGGGAGCUGUUGUAAUACAUGUGAAGAAGUGAGGGAAGCUUAUCAACUGAGGGGUUGGCAGGUAAAUGUCGAGGUGGUAGAACAGUGCAAGGAUGACCCAUGGGUCCUGAAACUUCAGCGAUUCAAAGGUGAAGGCUGCCGUAUAUAUGGAAAGCUCCAAGUUGCAAAAGUUGCAGGGAAUUUUCAUUUCGCUCCAGGAGAUGCCCAUCGAUUGAUGCGAACGCACGUGCACGAUUUCCACAGUUUGGACUUGUCAGUCUUCGAUACUGGGCAUCGAAUAAACCACUUAUCGUUUGGUAAUGAAUUUCCUGGAAAGCAGUAUCCAUUGGAUGGGACGAAUUUUGACAGUAUUAAAGGACCUAUAAUGUAUAACUACUAUGUGAAAGUGGUACCCACAAGUUACGCUUAUAUGGACGGUCGCGUAGAAAACAGUCAUCAGUUCUCGGUUACAAACCAUCAAAAGGACGCUGCAAAAGGUAGCGGAAUUCCCGGUUUCGUGGUGCAAUAUGAGUUCAGUCCCUUAGUAGUACGAUACGAGGAAAGGCGUCAGCAUCUUAUUACGUUUCUCGUUUCUCUGUGUGCUAUAAUUGGAGGGGUAUUUACUGUCGCACAGUUGAUCGACUCCAUAAUUUAUCAUUCUUCACGGGCUAUUGAGCGAAAGCUUUCUAUGAACAAACUUUGGUAG